AUGAAGUUCUAUUGUUCUACAAAGAAAUUUGAAGGUAAACAAGAAGCUCACGCCAUAGCGAGUAAACUCGAGGGGGCGGCGUUUCUAUGUAUUGCGAGAUUAGACGAUGAACUUCAAGAUGACCCAAAAGAAGUUAAAGCCGCUUUAAGGAAGGAAUUCAACAAAGAAUCGAUCGACCACGAGAAAGCUGUCGACGAAUUACGAGGUUUAAGGCGAAAAGGCGGUGAAACACCAGCACAGUUAGCGUGGAGAAUCGAAAAGUUGAUGGCGAAGGCUUACCCGGAGUUAUGCGCGUCAACACACGGAUCGGCAAAGAAAACAAAGGAACAAAUGUUACAUGAUACCUUUUUGGGAGCUAUUGACAAUGCAAUGAGUCGAAAGAUAAAGAGCGACAGUAAACAUCGAGAUUUAAAUUUAACACAACUUUCUGAAGAAUUAGAUCGGCUCGAGCUAAUUUAUAAAACAACAGCGCCAAAAGUAAACCUCGAAGUAAACAAUUGCAAAACGACAGGGAAAGCAGACGAAAUAUCGUUAAGAAAGAUAAUCAGAGAAGAGGUAGCAGCCGCCCUAUCCAAAGAAAACGAUGGAAGUCGGGAAACGGAGGACGAAACAAAAUGUACGGUCGGGUUCGUUGGAAAGAGAAAUUUCCCGCCAAAACCUAGGAGUGGAAAAACCGGUAAAAAUCAAGCGUGUUUCCACUGCCAGUCGCCUGAACAUUUUCGGAAAGACUAUCCAUUUAAAGAUCUUUGUCAACGCUGCUGGCAAAAGGGCCAUACAGCACCAUCUUGCAAUGCUCCAAACGGCCCUCGCCCUUCGCCGUCUUUAAACUCCAAGGCGGCUGGGAACAAUCGUCAGCAAAAAUAAAUUCGUUCUCAGCCGCGAAGAAAUUUAUUACACUAACUGGUACAGUGGUUCAGUCUGGAAGCAGAGAGUUCAAGCAUGAGUUUAUUUGUGAUUCUGGAGCAGAGAUUUCAGUUAUUCCAACGGCGUUAGCACAAGAACAUUACAUGAAAAUUCAACCAACUACACGUCACGUAGAGAUGGCUAAUGGGCCACACGCAGAAUGCAGAGGUGUGGUUCAAACGUCAGUUACGGUAGGGACAAAUAGUUGUAUAUUGAGUUUUUUGUGGUAAGUGGUGUUCAAAACGGGAUUCUGGGCCUGGACUCUUUGGGAAAAUUGGGUGUAUCGUUGAACACAAGGCAACAAUAGAUGGGGCCCAACCCGUGUUACAACCGGAAGUAGAUACCCCUCAGGAAAUACUAAAGUGUUGCCACAUACGAGUUGCGGAAAGUCGUGAUAUUAAGCCAUUUGAAGAAAUAUUUAUUUAUUUAUUUUUAUUUUACAAUCUUUGUCACAUGACCGGUUUAACCCACAGAGCUAGUUGCUCCUUUACGGGUAACCUGCUAAUGCAACACUGAAAUAUAGGUUAACACAGUGGAUAUAUCGCUUCAAAAUCGCUAAUCACUGAGACGUUUGAUUUAAUGUCGUUCUGAGCAAUUCUAAUUAUGUGGAUCGAAAAAAAAGGAGUUUAAUUUAAAUUUCACAUGCUCACUAAAAAGUGAUAUUUCCACUGGGUUAACAGCAACUAAUGACAACACAGUUUGACAGAAAGACUGGACAAGGGACGACACAAAUGACACUUUACACACACUGUUUUAAACGUUUGUGGAACAUCAAUGUCGUACACCUCUUCAACAAGCUUUUGGUAAUAUUUAAAUAGGCCGCAUUUAAAUUGACUGAUUGAGAGAUUUGACUGCCGUAAGUGUGAUGGUAAACAGUUAAAUGUCCUGGGUGAUCUGCACUAAUAACUGUUCUGAAAUGUUGAAGUGUUUACUCUAGGAACUUGUAAUAUAUUUUUUGCUGUUCCAUCAUUUUCUCUCGUCAACCGAUCUGUUGUCUUUACAUGGAUAUUAUGGUCAUUAGAUAGAACUAACGCUUUGUAAAGGUAGACCAUAUCCAGGAAUCCAGGAAUUCAUGCCAGUAUGUUAAUGGUAGUAAACCACUUUUGACAAGUCUAUCUUUGUAUGAUACUCCUGACAAGAAUGGCAGUGAUAAAAUGUAUCUGGUGGCGCGACGUUGGACGUUUUCUACUUGAAGGAUAAGUGAUACCGACUGUGGUGACCAAAUUUGUUUGCAAUAUGCCAUCUGGCUUCGCACCAUUGUCUUGUAAAGCGCAAGGCGGGUUUUCUCGUUGCGAAUGUCCAUUGAUGAUCUUUUAAUGAAGCCGAGCAUUUUGUUUGCUUUGGCACAUACCAUGCACACGUGCUGGUUCCAUUUCAAAUCGGAUGUGAUGAUCACUCCAAGAUCUUUCUGGGCAUUGGUUCUCUUGAUGGGAGUGUCGUACUUAAGGUGGUAGCUCGACGUCACUAGCUUCAGAUUUCUGGUCACCGAAAGAACUUCACAUUUCGAUUGAUUCGGAUCCAUCCGCCGCAAUUCACACCAAUUGUUAAUACCAUCAAGGUCUUUUUGAAGAUAUUGUUCAUCCUUAUGUGAUCUAACUGGACGAUAGCAUUUAGUAUCAUCAGCAUACAAAGCAAUACACGAUGUAGAUGUUUCCUGCGGAAGAUCGUUCACGUAAAUAACAAACAGUAAAGGACCAAGUAUUGAACCUUGCGGCACGCCAGAAAGUACUGGGAGAGAAUGUGAAGUUCUGCCAAGGACAGGUACUCUUUGGUGACGAUUGGUUACCAAACCAUUUCAACAAAAUCCCACCAAUCCCGAAUUCUUUAACUUUCUUACAAGUAAACGAUGAUCAACUCUAUCAAAAGCCUUCGCAAAGUCAAGGUAGAUGGUGUCGGUUUGGACUCUCUUGGGGUAAAUUGGAAGAUAAGAAUGAAAAAUUUACUAGAGAUUCGUAUAUCGAAGGUACGGAACAUUUUCAGCAGAGAACUGGGCUUCUUACUGCCCCGAUAAAGAUUUCGGCAGAAAUGAUGAACGAUGAAAAUAAAAUCCCCAUAUACGUACUGAAUACUACUGAUAAAUCAAUCAGAGUUUAUAGAGAACAAACUGCGGCCACAAUUCAGGAACUGCCAAGUACCCACAACAUAGAACAUAUUUCAGAGUCAAAUAUGGGGGAAAAUAGUCCAUCAUCACAAUAUGACCCGGUCCCAGAAGUAUCAAUUGGUGAACAAUUGACAACACAACAAAGAGAAAACCUAGAAGUUUUAAUUCGAAAAAAUACACAAGUUUUCGACUACCCAGGAAACAGUGGGUUCACCACAACAAUAGAGCACACAAUACCCACAGCCGUAUCUGAUCCAAUUGUGUCACCCCAGACGACACAACCUGGGGUUAACACAAAAAAUGAAUGA